ACAACAUAAAAGUAAAGAUGUUGUUUUUUGCUAAAAACGCAAUAGUUUAAAUUACUCCAAAGAUGUGUUAAGAUGUAAAGAUUGGUACAAUAAUUAAUAAUAUGUAAAAGAAUAUAAAAUAAUUAUGUAAUAUUAUUCUUAGUAUUAAUUAAAAUAUAAGAUAUAAAAUGAAUACAUAUAAAGACCUACCAUUGCGAAGCGUGUUACCAUGGAUGUUUUACCUGUGCCUUACAUUUGACAUUGGCCAUCUUGUUGUGUCGGGCAACACUACUUCCGGUGAUACCACGUGUCAAAAGGGGGAUUUUAAAUGUGGAAACGGCAAGUGUCUCCCCAGUAACGUGACCUGUAAUGGACGGGACGACUGUGGCGAUAACAGUGAUGAGGAUCAGGCUAAGACAUGCCAUAUUGAUGAAUGCCUCGAACCACGUAUUUGCGACCAACGCUGUGUUAAGGUUAAUAAUUCCUACAAAUGCGAUUGUGCAGAAGGCUACGUUUUGUUGUCAGAUAUGUGCAUUGCAAAAUCAGAUAAUUUCACCUGGUUUGUGACGGAUGACAAUUUUGUUAAUUACAACAACACCAGACUUUCCAAUAUAACCAAGUUCGAUCGUUUCUCCAUACGUGGAAUCUCACCUAAUGCAAUCGAUGUGUUUGUGAGUGCUCGCAAAUUAUAUCUGGCAGAUAAAGACGAAAACAUAUACUCUACUGAUCUGAAAGGAAUUAAUUCUACUUUGGUUUUCCAUACAUCAGGUCCCAUAGAGGAUUUAGCAGUAGAUUGGAUCGGAGAAAACCUCUACUGGACGGAUACAAAUCUAGAAACAGUGAAUGUGGGUAGUCUAUCACGAUUAGUGAGAAUGACUUUAUUUUCAACCAAUGUUAGUAGUCCAAAGGGAAUCGCUGUGGAUCCUAGCGAUCGUCUUCUAUUCUGGGUAGACACCGGGUCCGAGCUCCGAAUUGAGAGGGCUGGUCUAGACGGUUCAGACAGAGUUGCAAUAAUUACAACAGAUAUUCAUUACCCAACAAGUAUAACUAUCGAUUACCCUGCAAAACGGUUGUACUUUUUGGAUGAGAAAUUAGGAUAUUUUGAGUUUUCUAACUACGAUGGAAAUGGCAGAAAAAAGGUUCAUCAUAAUUUCGGAAGAGUGAUAGACGUUCUUGUUUUUGAGCAGUCGCUUUAUGCAACUACAUCUUCCUUAGAAAUGUGCAAUAAAUUCAACUGUUCUACAAGCAUUUCCGCCUGUCCGACAGUCCAAUUCCCCCAUUCCGGCAACUACCAGAGAAGAUAUGUUACCUUGUAUCAUGCCAUGAGACAACCUUCAGCCCCAAAUCCAUGUGCAGAAAACAGAUGUAGCCAUCUGUGUCUUUUAUCUCCAACGUCUGUAACGGCAUAUACGUGUGCUUGUCCGUUUGGUAUGAGACUUGAAAAUGGAAACGCUUGCGUUAACGAGGAGGCUGAUUUUCUCGUAGUUGCUUACCAGAAGGGAAUAGCGAUGUAUAACAUAACUGGAUCAUUUCGAUACCAAUUGCCAAUGUUUCCUAGUUCGAAUAUGAAAAAUGUGGUUUCUAUAGCUUCAAAUGAUAUCAAGAAGGAACUGCUAGUGAUACAAAGUUCGGAUGACAAGAAUCAAUCCGUGACAAGAGUUGAUGUCGUCCAAGGAAACAGUAGUUCUUACUCUGAGCAUACGUUUAUCGGCAAGCCAUCGAGUGUUGCAUAUGAUUCUGUAACGGGUAAUUUGUGGAUGACGAAAACAGACGAAGGAACGAUAGUCGUCUCCAGGCGCGACAGUGAUGGUAAAACAACUUACAUGAAGGUCGUUCUGAACAACAUGGGUAGAAACACAGAUUGCGUGGCUCCAACUGCUAUAGCAAUUAACACCAGAGUUGGAAAGGUGUUUUGGACUGACAAUGGUAGGGGAAGCAUUAGGCCUAAAAUUGGCGAGAUGCUAAUGAAUGGAGAUCGAUGUCAAAUUGUUACACAACGGCGAGUGGACAGGCCAGUUGCUAUAGCUGCUGAUGACGUCAAAGGAGACUUGUUCUGGAUGGAUGAGCGACGGAAUGAGAUAAUGAAGUGGACUGCUUCAUCCAAGCGUGUUACUGUUUUGGUUGCUUCCGUUCCAUCGUCACGCGCGAUGGUGUUCGACACUGGAAUAAUUUACUUCGCGGAUCGAUUCGAGCAUUCUAUUAAAUUGGUCCAUGCAUCAAGACGCAAAGUUUAUACAUUAAAAAGCAACGUUCAUGAUAUAACAGCUUUAGCCAUUUACAACAUUAACAAAACAGUUGAUGGUCAAGCCAGUAAUCCAUGCAUCAAUUCGAACUGCAGUCACUUUUGUCUCAACACCGGUACAUCCAGCAUGUCAUGUGACUGUGGAAUAGGCUACACUGUCACUGAAGACGGUUCUUGCAAGGAAACCGACUCCUUUCUGCUUGUCUCUUUCACUUCACACUUUCGAGGAUUUUCCCUUGGCCGUGAUGACCACAAUGAUGUCAUAAUUCCAAUAAAAAGCGAAUAUAACAUCACGCAAAUAGACGUCCACGUGGCAAGGAAACAUAUAUAUUGGAUAAGUAAGGCACGCCUUUUACCCUUGGAAAAAAGCAGACACGGAAUAUAUCGCGUAAUGUCAAACGGAUCGGAGUAUGGUCCCGUUAUAAAUAGAUCCAUCGGACAGGAUGGGCUGCUGGACUUGACUAUAGAUUGGAUAGCAGAGAACAUGUACUUUAUCAACGCAUAUACGUCUGAGUCCUUGAUUGAAGUAAGCCGUUUAGAUGGACGUCAUAGACUGACGAUCUUUCAAAACAAAACAUCACGUCCAUUACAUCUGGCUGUUAAUCCUAAUCUCAGGUAUUUGUACUGGCUUGAUGCUGGCCAGACGCCUUCUCUAUGUAGAAGCAAUCUAGAUGGAUCCGGGCAGCAGAACCUGGCAUCUUUGCGAUCAAACAGACCGACGUCGCUUGUGGUUGAUAUAGUAACGAAUAAUAUAUUUUGGUCCGACUCGAUGACCGGAGAAAUUAUGAAAGCUUCAUACGAUGGGACAAGCAAUACGAUAGGGUACGGAGGCGUUAUCGAUCCGCUUGGCAUCGACGUUUAUCGGUCUUCAAUAUUUUGGGCAAGUGGACAAAAUAAUUCAAUAUAUAAGGCUGAUAACAAUUUGACACAAGACACAUAUCUAAAGGUUUUACGAAGUGGACUCAAUGAAGUCGGAACGCUGGGGUCGAUUAAAGUAUUCCAUCAGUCCAAACAACCCAAUGGUUCGAGUCCAUGUUUAAUAAACAACGGAGGCUGUGAGCAUUUGUGUUUUGCAAUGCCUGAUGCUGUGGCUGCUACAUGCGCGUGUAGUUAUGGCAAACUCAGGGCAGAUAACAAAUCGUGUGAAGCUCUCAAAACGUUUCUGGCAGUUAUGACAGAGAACUCAAUAGCUGGAAUUGACCUUGACCUUUCCAACACGGUUGAGGCCAUACAACGGAUAAACGGAACGUUUAGGAACUCCAUUGAGUUUAUAUAUAAAGAGAAUGCCUUACUUUUACAAGACACACGACGUAAUGAACAUAUUAUUGUAAGAAACAUAACAGGCGAUGCACAAGUUGAAUAUCUUGGAGACAGACUUUUUGUGGGCAGCUAUAUAACAUAUGAUUGGAUUGAGAAGAAAAUCUUCUGGGCGAGUUAUUUAAGUAUCUAUGAGAGAUAUUUGAAUAGACAUUUCACUCUUUCAAGAAUUUCACUGUUACUGUAUAUAGAUCACUUCAUCACGACACUUGCUGUUCAUCCUUGUAAAGGGUUUAUGUUUUGGAGUGAGGCUUCUGGAAAUAGAUUACUCAGGGCGAAAACUGAUGGCACAGAGGUUCUGAAUUUAUUUGAAAAAAAGAAAUGGAAUAGCAGCCUUGAUAUUCAAAAUAUUUUCAUUGAUUUUGAAGGAGACUUCAUUUAUUGGACGACUCAAAGCUCUCACACCAUUCAGCGUUGUGAUUUGGACGGAAACAAUUUAAAAACUAUCCUAUCUCACCGAGCUAUUAACUCCAUAGCAUUUCACGGUGAUAGCCUGUACUGGUCUGAUGAUGCAAACGGUGUAAUAUAUAGAGUGAAUAAAAACACUGGCAAAGACAGCCAUGUUGUCAAAAGUGUUUUGCUUGACAGUCCAGGGGCGCUUAUUGUAUUCAGAAACAGAUCUGAUGCAUGCAAAUCGAAGCAUUACUGUUCAGAUCACAAUGGGGGUUGCAUGGACGUUUGCUCGACUGGUGAAAACGGAAACAUUACCUGUAGUUGUUCUUCAGUGCUUCAGAAGCUAGGAGAAGACCAGAAGGUGUGCGUUAUGAUAAAUCAUAACUGUACAGACUAUCAGUUCCCUUGCUCGAACAACAAGUGCAUCAGUCUUUUGUCACUUUGCGAUGGUAAAAAGGACUGCGAUAAUGACGAAAAUGAACAUUACUGUUCUAGACGGACCUGCGAUGAGGGAUACUUUAAGUGUAGAGAAGGCCGAUGUAUACCAACAGACUUUGAAUGCGACUAUGAUCGUGACUGUCCAGAUUGGCAUCAUGAUGAAUUUCUUUGCAAGUAUCCGCCGUGUCAAAAUGGAACAUUUAUGUGUCGCUAUGGGCGCUGCAUUGAUAAUGGACUGAGAUGUAAUGGAGUAGAUAACUGUAAUGAUGGAUAUGCAACAGAUGAAGCAGAUUGUCCUGUGGUAAAAUGCGAAUAUGGGCUCGUGAAAUGCCCCGAAGCUAAUCUGUGCAUAUCGAGGCGAUACCUAUGUGAUGGAGAUGAUGACUGUGGGAACAAUGCAGACGAAAGUGAAGUGUUCUGUAGAAACACAGAAUGUUCUGAAGACGAGUUCAAGUGUGAAGGAAGUGGGAGAUGUAUACCGAACUCCUGGAAGUGUGAUGGAGAUGAGGACUGUAACCUGGGCGAAGACGAGCCACCCAAAAGGAUUUGUGAGAACAUAACAUCAUCAUGUAGCGAUAAGGACUUCAGAUGCGCCAAUGGCAAGUGUAUAGCGACCCUGUUUGUGUGCAAUGGUAUCAACGACUGCGGGGAUAACACUGACGAAAAACACUCGCUGAAUUGUAGUUCAAGACCAUGUCCACCAGACAGUUUCACUUGCAAGAAGAACAAAGAAAGGGGUAUCUAUCCUUGCAUUUCAUCAGACAAGGUUUGUAACGGCGUUUACGACUGCCUAGAAAAAGAAGAUGAACACGAAUGUCCAGUGGUUUUAUGUGAUGAGGGCUACUUUACCUGUCGCAGUGGGGAAUGUGUACCAGAAAAGGUCAAAUGUGACUACGUGUUGGACUGUGAGGACGGUUCGGAUGAAAGCACAAAGUGUAACUACACGGACUGCACGGGUGCCCAGUUCUCAUGUGGUAACAAGAGGUGUAUCCCGAAACACUGGGUCUGUGACAAGGAGGACGACUGUCGAGAUGCCUCAGAUGAGAUCCCUUCCCUUUGUGUUAAGAAGAUUGCUUGUAGCGAGGAAGAGUUUCAAUGUAAGACUGGACAAUGUAUCCCCCAAUCGAAGCUUUGCGAUGGAGACAUAGACUGUUCCGAUUGGUCGGAUGAGAAACAAUGUGGUAUCAAUGAGUGUGGUAAGAACGAAACAAACCAGUGUUCGGACAUCUGUAUUGACCUUAUAUCCGGGUACGAGUGCCGGUGUAGCCCGGGGUUCAGACUUCUACACAACAAUCACACUUGCAUAGACAUCAAUGAGUGUGUGGAUGUUCCGGGGACUUGUAGCCAAGAGUGUGUCAAUACCGUAGGCAGCUAUCACUGCAAAUGUAAUCCUGAGUAUGCCAAGCGAGAAGACGGGAGAAGCUGCAAGAAACGAGACAAGGUUACUCCUUGGCUCAUAUUUACAAAUCGUUACUACAUACGAAAAAUUACAACGGACGGGAACAACUACCAGAAAAUCGCCGAAAACUUUGGAAAUGCUAUUGCGAUGGACAUAUUGUACGCAGAAGGCCUAAUUUUCUUUACGGACGUUUCUGCAAAAGAACUUAAGAGUAUGCAUUUAAAUGGAUCGAACACGAAGACGGUAAUUUCGGGUGGAUCUUGGUCAUUCAAAGGCAUCGCUGUUGACUGGAUUACUAGGAAGCUGUAUUGGAUUGACUCAAGAAGAAUUGCUGUUUUGGUGUCAAACUUGAAUGGAACGCAUACGAAAACCUUGCUGAAGAAAACAUUUGUUGAGAAGCCUAUUGCGCUUGCUGUAAAUCCAUUCACGGGAUAUGUUUACUGGAGUGACUGGACACAAGAAUCAUACAUCGGAAGAAUGGCAAUGGACGGAGGGAGCCCGAUUAAACUGAUCACAAACAAACUCGGAUUGCCUAACGCUCUUACCCUCGAUUACGAAACAGGUCGCAUCUGGUGGGCGGAUGCUCACUAUGAUUGGAUAGAAUAUGCAGAUGCAGAUGGAUCUAACCGUCAUUUAGUCAGAAGAAAUACCCCUCACCCGUUUGCAAUUGCUGUAUUUGAGGACUGGCUAUACUGGUCUGAUUGGAAUCAUCUCACGAUCGAGAAGUGUAAAAAAUACACAGGGGAGAAUUUCACUGUCCUAUUGAACACCACAAACAGACAUAAUGAUAUACAUGUCUACCAUCCACUUAAACAAAAGCCAGGCAAGAAUCCAUGUGGUGAAAACAACGGCGGGUGCAGCCAUUUGUGCUUGAUAGCGGAAGGGGGGCAAAACUACACUUGCGCAUGCCCAAACGACUUUGUGCUUGAAAAUGACACCAGAACGUGUACCUCCAACUGUUCAACAACGCAGUUUCUGUGUGGGACAAGUGAAAGGAAAGUAAAAUGUCAGGACGACAAGUUCAGCUGUGACAAUGGACGCUGUAUACCUCUUACAUACCAGUGUGACUUUGACGAUGAUUGCGGAGACAACAGCGAUGAAAAAGCAGAAUUUGAUUGCCAAAAUCGAACAUGUAAGCAAGGCUGGUGGAAGUGCAAGGCAAACUACCGAUGUAUCCCUGACUGGUUGAGAUGUAAUGGGCGGGAUGAUUGUCGAGAUAAUUCGGACGAGGAGAUAAACGAGUGUCCUAUAUGUCAUCCUACCGAAAACUUUCAAUGUAAAAAUAAAAGGUGUGUACCCAAGAGAUUGAUGUGUGAUUUUGACAACGAUUGUGGGGACCAUAGUGAUGAAGACAUCAUUUUGUGCGCACCUUUGUACCGAAAGUGCUCAGAAGCGGAAAUGCGAUGUAGAAACCAGAAAUGUGUUCAACGUAUGUGGUUAUGUGACCAUGACAACGAUUGUGGAGAUAACUCGGAUGAACUAGCAUGUACAAGUACAAUGAUGUGUGGCAGUGGCCAGUUUCAGUGUAGCAACAUAUCACAAUGCCUUAAUUCACGGUAUGUGUGUGACGGUCUCCCACAAUGCCCAGAUGGCUCCGAUGAAUUAAAUUGUUCAAAAGAGAAGACACCUUGUGACAGUAUACAUUUUACCUGCAAAAAUGGGCAAUGUAUACCACAUAUUUGGGUUUGUGACGGUCAUGCGGACUGCAUUGACCAAUCAGACGAACUCCUAGAAUCAUGUGAUCAGAUAGCGUGUCCAACAGAUACGCACAUGCGGUGCAACCAUGGCGCAUGUCAUCCAAAAUGGCAAGUCUGUAGCAAGCUCGUAGAAUGUGAUGUAGAAGAUAUUGAUACCGAAUGUACAUAUCAAGAGAUGGAAUGUGAGCUUGAUUUUUACAAUUGUAACAAUACGUGCGUGCAUCUUUCAUUGUUUUGCAAUUACGAUUAUUACGAUGAUCAUUGUGGGGAUGGAACUGACGAGAUGUGUUUCUAUUUUGAUGAUGAAUCCGGUUGCUCCGCUGACAAUGGAGGUUGUCAACAAAACUGCAGAGAUGUCAAUGACGUUCGCUAUUGCUCUUGUUUCGCUGGUUAUAAAAUCAGUGAUGAAGAUAAAACCACCUGUGAAGAUAUCGACGAAUGUUCAUUGCAUGGCAACUUCUGUCCUCAGCUAUGCAAUAAUGUAAAGGGCUCUUUCAAGUGCGAGUGCGCUCCACAUUUCCACGAUGAUAAAGGACAAGGCAAGGAUUGCAAACCGGACGAUAUAAGUCGCACUUUAUUUUUUUCUACUCUAACCCAAAUCAGACGAUACCGACCAAACAAAAAGCAAUACUCGGGAUCUGUUGUUGAUGGCCAACAUGUUACUUCUAUGGAUGUUGACAUUGAGAAGCAUUUGCUCUACUGGACAGAUGAAAUACAAAGGUCAAUAUUCCGAACGCCUAUGCCAGAACGACCAGAACAGAAAGGCAUACCUCAAAACAUUGAGGUCAACUCAUCAAGACCCUUUGCAAUAGCCGUUGAGUGGGCGGAGGAUAACAUAUAUUGGAGCGACCUCGCUCUUGGAUCGAUCUCCGUGUCCACGUUUGACGGAAGGUACCAACAUACAGUUGUGUCCAAGAUAAUCCAGCCACUCGCUAUUGCCCUCAAUCCAAAACUAGGCUUGCUAUAUUGGGUAAACGCAGAUCUCUGGCAUCCAAAAAUUGAGAUGGCCUGGAUGGACGGUUCUCAUCGCAGCGUUCUUGUUACGAAGCGACUUGUUCGUCCGUCCGCCCUCACCAUCGACUAUCUGAUGUAUGAUAGGGUGUAUUGGGCGGAUUAUAAGCUUGGAGUUAUUGAAUCCAUUAAACAUGAUGGAACUGAUCGAGUUAUGCUGAUCAAAAAUGUGCAUACUCCGGUCAGUCUUGACGUUUUUGAAAGCAAGAUUUAUUGGAUUUCUCGGGACAACGCUUCCGCACAUUAUAUGAAUAAAUUUGGUUUUGGUAACAGCACGGUGCUCCAGACGAAUAUACCAUACCCAAGUAGCGUCCGUGUCUUUCAUAGACUCCGCGUUGACCUGCAAAUCAAACCGCGAUGCCCAAGGUCAGGAAAAAGGUGUAGUCAUAUUUGCCUGCUUAUUCCGGAUGGAUUCCAGUGUGCAUGCCCUGACGGAACUUCUUUUCUUCCGGGAAGCAUAUAUGCCUGUGAUGCGGCUCGAGAAGAUGUCAAACCAGAGCCCAAGGUCUGCGCGUGUUGGAAUGGUGGAGAUUGCAUCAGAGGGGAUAAUGACAAAUUCACGUGUGCAUGCAAAGAUGGUUUUAGUGGCCAUCUAUGUGAGUUAAAAGAGUUACAAGAGUUACAAGAGCCAGAAUCACUAACUUCCGCCACGUCUAAUAAUCAUUUACUCGUCAUCUUUAUCCCCAUGGGGUGUGUGAUGUUUGCUGUGUUGGUCAUCGGUAUUGCAGUUUUGGUCAAAUGUAGAAGACGACUUACAGGGAAACAUGGCGAAGCAAAAUUGGGGAAUUCUGGAGGUGAUGGCGCUCAGAAAAUGUCCGCCUUGCAAGUCUCCUCCUCAACAGUUCAGUCGACGGGCUCCGAUGGACAUGCCAGCACCAACUUUUCAAACCCGGUUUUUGAGACAUUUCAAGGCGAAGAACCUGGUACAUGCAUGAAGGAAGUCGGCAAAGAAGAUAAUUCAUUGGGCAACGAUUUAACAAUGGAAACAGAACUAGGGCGUAGCGAAAUGGUGGGUGUGUCUGAAGUAACAAACCAAGACAGUGAUUUCAAUUUCAGUGCAGAUGACCUUAAAACAUCUAUAUUAGGAGAAUAAUCAGAGAAGAAGUAAGCUGGAAAGUCUUGAACUUAUGCUGUCAUUCCUUACCUAUUUGGCAUUUUUCAGAUACGAAUAUAUGAUAAUUGGUUGAUGUAAAUGUGAAUACUGUUCUUACUAAGUCGGUUGCAGGACACAAAACAUACGAAAACGUGUUUUCUCCACAGUUCGUUUUAAAUAACAAAUUACAGCACAUGACAUUUAACAACAUUUCCAUUAUUUCACAUACAAAGUACAGUUUUUCUAGCCCAGUCUGGAAAGAAGUUUACAUAAAACCUUCGUAUAGUUAAAGUAGUCCUUAGGUCGCAUUUUGAUUACCUAGAUCUAUAUUAGAGAAAGUCACGAACUUGUAUAAAUGUGUUAUAAAUUAUGGAAUACAGAAGCUACCACACGGCUGCUACGCAACGCUGGCCACAUCGAGUGGUUAAGUGAAAUAUAAAGUCUGGACAAAGACAACCAAAUUAUGUGUCACUUGCCUCUAAAUAAGUGUGUAUUAAUGUAUGAAUAUAGUAUAUAUUCCUCAAUUUCAUAGCUGUCUGUCCUUUAUGCCUUAGUUUGGUGCAUCAGCUCAUCUUUUUAAUCUGGUAUGAUGGUGAUGUCAUAAAUAAUGACCUUAUUAUAUGCUAUGUCUAAUGGCCGUAUUAUAGUGCAUUUUUCAUUCAAUAAAGUCAGCUUGUAGAUCUUGUAUUAUUUCAUGAAUAGUUGCCUUAUUCUAGCGCGUUUCCCAUGAAAAAAAGACAGUUUGAGCAUCUCGUAUUAUGUCUUAAUGUAUGGCCUUAUUCUAGCGCUUUCUCACGCAAUAAAGUUAGUUCGUAAAUGUUAUAUUAUGUCAUGAAUGUGUGUGUUAAUGUAGCGCAACUGUAGCGCAAUUCUCAAGCAAUAAAGUCAUUUCGUAAAUGUUAUAUUAUGUCAAGAAUGUGUGUGUUAUUGUAGCGCAACUGUAGCCCAAUUCUCAAGCAAUAAAGUCAGUUUGUAAAUGUUAUUUUAUGUCAUGAAUGUGUGUGUUAUUGUAGCGCAACUGUAGCGCAAUUCUCAAGCAAUAAAAUAAGCUUCAACAGCU